CUUCUAUUUACAAAACACUAUAGAUUAACACUAUGACAAGAGAGAGAGUGUGGUCGUUGGUGAGGAGGAGCAAAUCUUUGCUUGCACAAAAUCUGCGCCUUUUCUCGACCAAACCUCAGGAUCCGAGGAAAAAUCUGAUGGAGAAAAAUGAGAAAAAAAUGACUCGUGUUUUGUUUUGUGGAUAUCAUUUCCCAGCUUCUAAUCAAUAUACAGCUGAAUAUUUGCAGAAUCAUUCAUCUAUAAAGGUUGAUGUUCUACCUUUGGAAGAAGUGCCACAUGCUAUUGGCAACUAUCAUGCUUGCGUCGUAAAAAGUAUGAAGCUAGAUUCAAACAUAAUUUCACGAGCAGUUCAGAUGCAACUUAUAAUGCAGUACGGUGUUGGGCUUGAAGGCGUUGAUAUCGAUGCUGCAACAAAGCAUGGAAUCAAAGUUGCUAGGAUUCCUGGUGAUGUAACUGGAAAUUCAGCUUCGUGCGCGGAAAUGGCCAUAUAUCUAAUGUUGGGCCUCCUCCGUAAGCAAAAUGAACUGCAGAUUUCCAUACAACAAAGAAAGCUUGGAGAGCCUAUCACCGAUACUAUAUUUGGGAAAACGAUAUUCAUUUUGGGCUUCGGGAACAUUGGAAUGGAUUUAGCACGGCGAUUGAAACCAUUUGGUGUAAAAGUUAUUGCUACAAAACGAAGCUGGGCUUCAUCUAGCGAAAUCAGAAAUGAUGUUGAUGAUCUUGUUGAUGAGAAGGGUACUUCUAAAGAUAUCUAUGAUUUUGCGAGGAAAGCUGACAUUGUUGUUUGCUGCUUAAUCUUAAACAGUGAAACGGCUGGUAUUAUAAACAAUAACUUCAUAUCAUCUAUGAAAAAGGGUGCCCUUCUGGUGAAUGUUGCUAGAGGUCGUCUUUUAGACUAUGAGGCUGUGGUCGAACACCUUGAAUCCGGACACUUAGGAGGGUUAGGCACCGAUGUUGCAUGGGCGGAGCCAUUUGAUCCUGACGAUCGGAUAUUGAAAUUUAAGAACGUUAUCAUGACUCCUCAUAUUGCUGGCGUUACAGAGCAUUCAUAUAGAUCAAUGGCUAAGGUUGUUGGUGAUGUGGUUCUUCAACUUCAUGAUGGGCUUCCUUUGACUGGGAUUGAGUUAGUCAAUUGAAUUAUAGCAUAAAGUUCAUGAACUUUAUCAUUUUUAAUGUUGCAGAAACACUUAGCUUUAUUAUAUAUAUAGAAUUGAGAUGAGACAAUGGUUGUGUAUUAAACAUUUUUUAUCUCUAUUAGUGUAGUCUCUAUAGCACGAAAAUCUCUAAUAAAAGACGUGUCUGAUGACUAAUGACUAACACUGUCAUGCAUCCACCUUCAAUUAAUUCACAUCUCUAAUAAAAGACGUGUUUGUUGUGUCUGAUG